AUGCUUUCCCAAGUUGGUCGUUUCUUCGCAGAAGCCAAGGCACCGAAUCCAUUUGCCCGUAAAGUACCACCACAGAAUGUUAAGCACAUCAUUCUUGCUGCUAGCUGCAAAGGUGGUGUUGGAAAAUCCACAGUUGCAAUGAAUACAGCCAUCGCUUUAACAAAACAAGGCAUGAGGGUUGGCUUAUUCGAUGCAGAUCUCUACGGUCCAUCAGUUCCAACAAUGACACUUACAUCAGACAGCUCUCUUGUCAUGACUCAGGAAAAUAAAUUCCUUCCUGUUUAUGUUAAUGGACUUGAAACAGUCUCAAUCGGUAACGCCGUCAAGAAAGAAGAUGCCCUUUUGUGGAAAGGUCCAGCUGUUGGAGGUCUCAUUACUCAACUUUUAAAAGACUCUCUUUGGUCUGAGCUUGAUUACUUAAUCAUUGAUACACCACCAGGCACUGGUGAUGUUCACUUAGCUCUCUACGAUGCAGUCCCAAUUGAUGGCGCAAUUCUCGUUACAUCACCACAAAAUGUUGCUAUGGCUGACGUCAUCCGCAAUGUUGAUAUGUUCAAGAAGAUGCGUAUCCCAGUCCUCGGACUCGUUAGAAACUUUGAUGGUUUCGUCUGUCCAUGCUGUGGAGAAGUUACAAAGAUUUUCCAAGGUCAAAAGGCAGAUGAGAUGGCCAAAGAGAACAAAUAUGAAGUUCUUGGUAGUAUCCCUAUUGAUCCUGCUAUCGCUAAGGCUGCUGAUUCAGGUAUUCCAGCUAUUGAUCAAGCUCCAGAUUCAGCAUACGCAAAAGUCUUCCAAAACAUCGCAAAGAAGAUCAUAGAGAAGGUUCCAAAGGAUUCUAAGCCACGUGGAACUAAAUAA